AUGGCAACGCCGCUCCGGUUCAUCUUUGUGUUAGCGCUCUGUCUGCUCAACGCGGUUGCCUGGGCGCUACCCCAAAACCUCGCCCGAGCUUCGCUUCCUGACCUCUAUGAGGCUUCAAUCGCAGAACUACAGGAGGGUCUGGAGAAGAGGCAGUUCACGAGUGUCGAUCUCGUCAAGGCAUACUUCGCCCGUAUUGAUGAGGUGAACCUACAGGGACCCACUCUGCGCGCUGUCAUCGAGAUGAACCCCUCCGCCCUUGCUCAGGCGGAAGCGCUCGACAAAGAGCGCUCCACGUCUGGUCCACGAGGCCCUCUACACGGGAUCCCCAUUAUCUUGAAGGACAACAUCGCUACUCGGGCGUCUGAUGGCAUGAACACAACAGCUGGCUCUUUCGCCCUCCUCGGUUCGAUUGUACCGCGCGACGCAACGGUUGCGGCCAAGUUGCGCGCUGCUGGUGCAAUCCUUCUGGGAAAGGCCAACCUGUCCGAAUGGGCACACUUCCGAGGCAACCUCGCGUCUGGAUGGUCUGGUCGCGGCGGACAGGCGACCUGCGCGUACUUCCCUGGCGCGGAUCCCAGCGGCUCGAGCUCCGGCAGCGGUAUCUCGUCUUCCAUUGGCCUUGCGGCUGCUGCCCUCGGUAGCGAAACGGAUGGUUCCAUUGUCAGUCCCAGCAGCAGGAACAACCUUGUGGGCAUCAAGCCAACCGUCGGCCUGACCUCACGGGCAGGAGUUGUCCCAAUCUCGGUACACCAGGACACCGUCGGUCCCAUGGCGCGCUCAGUAGCCGAUGCGGCUGCCAUCCUCACUGUCAUCGCCGGUCGCGAUCCCCUCGACAACUUCACACUCGCACAGCCCGCGCAUGUACCGGACUUCACAAAAGCGCUCGUCCCGAACGGUCUCCGGGGCGUGCGACUGGGCGUCCCGCGCCUAUUUGGCAGCAACGAUCAAAACAUCAUGGCUGCAUUUAACGCGUCCAUCCGCAUCAUCCGCGCACUCGGCGCCACGGUCAUUGAUCCUGCUGAAUUCCCUGACGCCGAGGAGCUCCUGGCGAGUAAUAACGAGACGAUCGUGCUGGACACCGACUUCAAGGUCGACGUCAAGAACUAUAUUGAUGGUCUACUUGAAGUGCCUACGAACGUUACCGAUCUCGCGGACCUCAUCGCCUUCAACAUCGCACAUGCCAGCGAGGAGCUUGUACCACCCUUCUUCACGGAUCAGUCCGAGUUCAUCGAAUCGGAAAACACCACCGUUGAUGCCGCGUUCUUUGCUGCUCUUGCCGCUGACGCCGAUCUCGGGCGUACGCGAGGCAUAGACGGGACGCUCAAGAAGUUCAACCUCGACGCCAUCUUGCUCCCCACAGAUGGCUUCACCUCGGGCCCCGCUGCCAUCGCUGGUUAUCCUAUCGUCACCGUUCCCCUCGGGUUCCAGCCUGACAAUGUUACUGCAUCCGCAGCUAACCCGGUCAUUGAGCGUGCACCAGGGCUUCCGUUUGGACUCGCGUUCAUGGGAACUGCGUUUAGCGAGUUCGAGCUCAUUACCUACGCCUUCGCGUACGAGCAGGCUACUCACACACGCCUCGAUCGCCUCGCUUUCCCUGCGGCUAUUCCAAAGACGCAACUCGCGGAUGUCAUGUAA